CAAGCGCGUCCGCUGUAGCGACGCGUUCGCUCAAGUGUGCGCGAAUGUGUGUGCGUCUGGUGUGUUUAUCGGGAACAGUGGGAUCACCGCGUACGGUACGCUGGCCAUAGGGCAAUACCAACACUCGAGCAAAAUUCGAGCACGGUUCGAGUAGUUUGAUUUGUACAGUUGAGGCGUGCGGACGUGCGUGUGCGUCGUCCGUGUCGAGUGAGCGAGCAUACCUAGCAGCAGUAGCAGAAUUAGCACCAGCACCAAGGACUGAAAGCGAAGCGGUGCUGCCCGGGAGCGGUGGAACGUUGUACAUCAAUUGCGUGAAAUAAAGCAAAUCAAUUGAGAUACAAAACAAACAUACACAAUAUUGUAAAAGCAAAUUAGUUUUUUAGAAAAAAAGUGAUUGAUUUCCAUACUUCUCGUGUGUCUCCUGUGAGCGUAUGGGCACGUGCGCAUGUGUGCACGUUAGCCUGCUAGUGUGUGUGUGUGUUGUGGCGAGGGAGGGUUUAAUCUGGCCCAGCGCAGUGCGCGUGUGUUUGGGCGAGCGCGGCGCAAUGUUUAACCGACGCAGAAACGAUCGCAGGAUUAAACCGCUCGGUGGGCGUCGUUGCUGAAACGACGGGGUUUUCAUUUUCGUGUGUGUGUGUGUGAGAGAGAGAGAGAGCGAUAGAGAAAAAGUGUGCGCCAGCCCGACCAGCAGCAUUCGAGGGAGUGCGAGGGAGCCCACCCCAUCCCCCGCUUUUGGUGGAAAAAGGACUCUCCGUGGGGGUGUGCGCGCGUCCGUGUUUGUGACUUGCGCAAAGGGCGGCCACAAUUAGAGCAGGCCGUUCCCAUUCCCAAUCCCAGCGGUCAACUCCUCUCUCUCUGUGUCGCGAGUGUGCCGAGGGAGAGAGGGAAAAGCGCCCUAAUCUAGAUCCCAUACCCUCCCUCCUGUGCCCGUUGCGACCCCGUGGAAAGCACAGUGUUGGACAGUGUCGCUUUGCUGCGGCGACGAACCCUGCGACCGAGCUCCACGUGUCAACCGUUCGGGCUUUCGCGUUUCGGCGGUAGGCGAGAAAAGAAAAGCGGCACAAACUACGGGACGGGCAACAAGAAACAGGAAGGCAGUGGUACUCACAGAACCCCCGUCCGCGAUGGGGAGCUCUUCGCGAAGGAUAAUGGGCACCACGAGCGGCACUGUCCUGUUCGCCGUCAUCGUGCUGUGCGGUUCCAUCGGUAGCGCCUCCGGUUUCCUAUCGUGCUCACCGUCUCCGUGCAAGCAUGGCGGCACGUGCGUCAGCCGCCCGAACGGUGCAUCCUACUGCAACUGUACGUCACGCUAUACUGGAGAUUUUUGCGACUUCCCGAACCCGUGUCACACGGCUGCCGGUCCCCGGUGCCAGAACGGUGGCAUCUGCGAGACGACCUUCCGGGACGGAGUGCCGUCGUUCUCGUGCCGGUGCCCGAUCGGGUACACCGCGAGCCUGUGCGAGAUACCGGUGAAGAAUGCGUGCGACUCCUCGCCGUGCAACAACGGUGGCAACUGCAAGCUGAAAACGCUCGACGACUACACCUGCAUCUGCGCGACCGGCUAUUCGGGCAAACACUGUGACAAGCAGAAUCUGUGCGCUUCGUCCCCGUGCCGGAACGGUGGUACCUGCACGCUGUCACCGAAUGGGCACGUCAAGUGCAUCUGCCCGAAAGGCUUCCGCGGCAUGUACUGUGCAGACGACAUCGACGAGUGUCUGAAGAAUCCGUGCGAGAACAACGGCAAGUGCGUCAACACGCACGGAUCGUACCAGUGCAUGUGUGAACCGGGCUACACGGGCAAGAAUUGUGAGUCGGGUUACAUUCCCUGCUCACCUUCGCCCUGCCAGAACGGCGGCACCUGCAAGCAAUCGACAAAGUACUCCUACGAAUGCAAAUGUCCACCCGGUUUUCAAGGCAAGAACUGCGAGGAAAACACGGACGACUGCCCGGGCAACCUGUGCCAGAACGGUGGGACAUGCGUGGACGGCAUCAACGCCUACCACUGCAGUUGCCCGUCCAGCUUUACCGGCGAGUUCUGCGAGAACGACGUGGACGAGUGUGCGCUGCGGCCAUCGAUCUGCCAGAACGGGGCGACCUGCACCAACACGCACGGCAGCUACAACUGCAUCUGCGUGAACGGCUGGAACGGGCCCGACUGCAGCAACAACAUUGACGAUUGUGUGGACGCGGCCUGCUUCAAUGGGGCGACCUGUAUCGACGGUGUCGGCAGCUUCUACUGCCGCUGCACGCCCGGCAAGACGGGGCUGCUGUGCCAUCUGGACGAUGCGUGCACGUCGAACCCGUGCCACGCGGACGCGAUCUGCGACACCAGCCCGAUCAACGGCUCGUUCACGUGCUCUUGCGCCGUCGGGUACAAGGGCAUCGACUGCUCGGAAGACAUUGACGAGUGCGAUCAAGGUUCGCCGUGUGAGCACAACGGUAUCUGCGUGAACACGCCCGGUUCGUUCGCGUGCAACUGCUCGCAAGGAUUCACCGGACCGCGGUGCGAAACGAACGUGAACGAGUGCGAGUCACAUCCGUGUCAGAACCAGGGCAGCUGUCUGGACGAUCCCGGUACCUUCCGUUGUGUCUGCAUGCCAGGCUACACCGGCACGCAGUGCGAGAUCGACAUAGACGAGUGUGCGACGAACCCAUGCCUGAACGGUGGCAUCUGCCGCGACAUGGUCAACUCGUUCAAGUGUACGUGCGCGAUUGGCUUCUCGGGGCUGCGGUGCCAGAUCAACAUCGACGACUGCAUGUCACAGCCGUGCCGUAACGGCGGCAUCUGUCACGACUCGAUCGCCGGCUACUCGUGCGAAUGUCAGCCCGGCUACACGGGCCUGUCCUGCGAGACGAACAUCAACGACUGUCAGUCGAACCCGUGCCAUCGGGGCGCUUGCAUCGACGGCGACAACUCGUUCACCUGCCUGUGCAAUCCGGGCUACACCGGCUACCUGUGCCAGAUACAGAUCAAUGAGUGUGAAUCGAAUCCCUGCCUGUUCGGCGGUCACUGCGAGGAUCUGGUCGGCGGGUACAUGUGCCGCUGCCAGCCGGGCACGUCCGGUCCUAACUGUGAAGUGAACGUGAACGAGUGCCACAGCAACCCGUGCCGGAACGGGGCCAAGUGCAUCGACGGCAUCAACCGGUACACCUGCCAGUGCGUGCCGGGCUACACCGGCUUCCACUGCGAAACGAACAUCAACGAGUGUGCGUCGGACCCGUGCGCGAACGGAGGCGUCUGUAUGGACCUGGUCAACGGGUUCCGGUGCGAGUGUCCGCGCGGCUACUUCGACGCCCGCUGCUUGAGCGACGUGGACGAGUGCGCCUCGAACCCGUGCAUCAACGGCGGCCGCUGCGAGGAUGGCGUGAACCAGUUCAUCUGCCACUGUCCGCCCGGGUACGGUGGACGGCGGUGUGAGAUCGACAUCGACGAGUGUGGCUCGAACCCGUGCCAGCACGGCGGCAUCUGCCGCGACGGCCUCAACGCGUACACCUGCCAGUGCAUGCCGGGGUACACCGGGCGCAACUGCGAGAUCAACAUCGACGACUGCGUGAACAAUCCGUGCCGCAACGGGGGCUCCUGCAUCGAUCUGGUUAACGGGUACAAGUGCGUCUGCCGCGGACCGUUCACCGGGCGCGACUGCGAGUCCAAGAUGGACCCGUGCCAGCCGAACCGCUGCCGGAACGGGGCCAAAUGCUCACCGAGCCCGAACUAUCUCGACUUCGCCUGCUCCUGCACGCUAGGCUACACCGGCCGGCUGUGCGACGAGGACAUCAACGAGUGUGCGCUGUCGUCGCCUUGCCGGCACGGUGCGACCUGCCGGAACACAAACGGCUCCUACCACUGCAUCUGUGCGAAGGGGUACGAGGGGCGGGACUGCACGAUCAACACCGACGACUGUGCGUCGUUCCCGUGCCAGAACGGGGGCACCUGCCUCGACGGGAUCGGCGACUACACCUGCCUGUGCGUGGACGGGUUCGAGGGCAAGCACUGCGAGGUCGACAUCAACGAGUGUCUGUCGAUGCCGUGCCAGAACGGCGCGACCUGCAACCAGUACGUCAACUCGUACACCUGCACCUGCCCGCUCGGGUUCAGCGGGAUGAACUGCCAAACGAACGACGAGGACUGUACGGAAAGCUCGUGCAUGAACGGGGGCACCUGCAUCGACGGCAUCAACAGCUACAACUGCUCCUGCGAGACGGGUUACACCGGCUCGAACUGCCAGUAUCGCAUCAACAAGUGCGACUCGCAGCCGUGCCGGAACGGGGCCACGUGCCACGACUACGAGAACGACUACACGUGCCACUGCUCGUACGGGUACACCGGCAAGCAGUGCCUGGAGUACGUCGACUGGUGCUCGCAAAAUCCGUGCGAAAACGGUGCCACCUGCACGCAGCAGGAAAACACGUACCAUUGCGCGUGCGCCGCCGGCUGGACGGGCAAGCUGUGCGACGUGGAGAUGGUAUCGUGCAAGGAUGCGGCCGCACGGAAGGGCGUGGACGCGAAGCACCUCUGCCAUAACGGGACGUGCGAGGACUUUGGCAACUCGCAUCGGUGUCGGUGCGCGCGCGGCUACACCGGAUCGUACUGCCAUCACGAGAUCAACGAGUGCGAGUCGCAACCGUGCCGGAACGGGGGCACGUGCAAGAACCUGAUCGGCUCGUACCGGUGCCAGUGCCGGGCCGGGUUCCAGGGCCAGAACUGCGAGCUGAACAUCGACGAGUGCAAGCCGAACCCGUGCCGAAAUGGUGGCAUCUGUCACGAUCUCGUCAACGGGUACAAGUGCUCCUGCCCGCCCGGCACGAUCGGCGUGCUGUGCGAGAUCAACACGGACGACUGUACGCCGGGCGCCUGCCACAACAAUGGCAGCUGCGUGGACAAGGUCGGCGGGUUCGAGUGCCGCUGCCCGCCCGGCUUUGUGGGGGCCCGGUGCGAGGGCGACAUCAACGAAUGUCUGUCGAAUCCGUGCUCGAAUCCGGGCACGCUCGACUGCGUGCAGCUGGUGAACGACUAUCACUGCAACUGCAAGCCGGGCCACAUGGGCCGACACUGCGAGGUGAAGGUGGACUUUUGCGCCAACAGCCCCUGCCUGAACGGCGGACAGUGCUCGACGCGCCAGUCCGGCCAUCACUGCGUGUGCGCCGACGGGUACUACGGGAAGAACUGCGAGUUCAGCGGCCACGACUGCGACUCCAAUCCCUGCAUUAACGGGCUGUGCCAGAUCGCGGACGAUGGUGGCUAUCGGUGCGACUGUCCGCUCGGCACGAGCGGCGUGAACUGCGAGCUGGACAUACUGGACGAGUGCACAUCGGCGCCGUGUGAGAAGGGCGCCCCGUGCCAGAACAAGCUGGGCGACUUCGAGUGUCUCUGCCCGCCGAAGUGGAGCGGCAAAACGUGCGGCACGUACGAUCCGCACUACCACGGCUGGUACGAUACGACGCAGCAGCAGGGCGGCCGUGGGCACAAGCAUGGCGGCGCGGCUCUGCCAAACAUCUACGCGAUCGACCUGGAGUACCAGCGGUCGCAGUGCGUGAAGAAGGGCUGCCGGGAGAAGCAGGGCAACCACCGGUGCGACGAGGAGUGCAACACGUACGCGUGCGACUUCGACGGGAACGACUGUUCGCUCGGCAUCAAUCCGUGGCUGAACUGCACCGCCAGCAUCAACUGCUGGGAGGUGUUCAUGGACGGGUUCUGCAACGAGGAGUGCAACAAUGCGGCCUGCCUGUUCGAUGGGCGCGACUGCGAGAAGAAGCUGCAGCCGUGCAAUCCGAUCUACGACGCGUACUGCCAGAAGCACUACGCGAACGGGUUCUGCGACUACGGCUGCAACAAUGCGGAGUGCAACUGGGACGGGCUGGACUGCGAGAACGAGAAGGAGCCGGCCCAGCUGGCGGAGGGUGCGAUCUCGAUCAUACUGCUGAUGGAUGCGGCCACGUUCCGGCUGAACGCGAUCCAGUUCCUGCGCGAUCUGGGGCACCAGCUGCGGACGACGGUUCGCAUCAAGAAGAACGCGGCCGGCAUGGAGAUGAUCUACCCGUGGAAGGGUGGCACCGCACUGCAGGGCCUGACCGACAGCGAGUUCGGGCGGAAGCACCACGUGGUGUACACGGAAACGCGCCAGAUCGGGAUUCAGGUGUACCUGGAGCUGGACAACCGGAAGUGCAUCGGGAUGAGCGGCGCGGAAUGCUUCGGGACGGCGAACGAGGCGGCCGAGUUUCUGGCGGCCACGGCCUCGAAGCACUCGCUGUCGAAGCAGUUCCCGAUCUACCAGGUGAAGGGCGUCAAUCCGGACGACGAUGGGCUGCCGGGUGCGACGAACGUGAACUACGUGCUGGUGGGCUUCUUCGGCCUGCUGCUGAUGGUGUUGGUGACCGUGCUGGUGGUGAAUCGGAAGCGCGCCCACGGCAUCACCUGGUUCCCGGAGGGUUUCUUCACCGCAAACACGAACGUGCGGCGGCCGUCGCGCCGCCGCCCGGACGGGCAGGAGAUGCGCAACCUCAACAAGAACCCGUCGAUGGUGGACAUGGUGGUGGCGAACGGAGGCGGCCAUGGCAGUGCUGGCGGGGCCGGUGGCCACGGUAUGAUGGGGCAUGGGCAGCCGUGGUGCAACAGCGACGACGAAUCGGAGAUGCCGACGGCCCGGAAGCGCAUGCGGGCGAUCGACCAGGGCUACUCGAGCGACCACACGGCGAUCACGGACUACGAGGAGACGGAACCGCGCGUCUGGGCGCAGCAGCACUUCGAGGCGGCCGACAUACGGGACCAUCCGGCGAUGAUGACGCCGCCGACGCACCACGACGGCGAUGUGCGGGAUGUGGAUGUGCGCGGCCCAUGCGGCAUGACGCCGCUGAUGGUGGCGGCGGUCCGGGGCGGCGGCCUCGACUCGGGCGAGGACAUUGACUCGACGGACGAUUCGGCGGCGCAGAUCAUCUCGGAGCUGGUGGCACAGGGCGCCGAGCUGAACGCAACCAUGGACAAGACGGGCGAAACGUCGCUCCAUCUAGCGGCACGGUACGCGCGGGCGGACGCUGCGAAACGGUUGCUGGACGCGGGCGCAGAAGCGAACAGCCAGGACAACACGGGCCGGACGCCGUUGCACGCGGCGGUGGCAGCGGACGCGAUGGGCGUGUUCCAGAUACUGCUGCGCAACCGGGCGACGAACCUGAACGCGCGCAUGCACGAUGGCACGACGCCGCUGAUACUGGCGGCGCGGCUCGCGAUCGAGGGCAUGGUGGAGGAUCUGAUCCAGGCCGAUGCGGACAUCAACGCGGCGGACAACAGUGGCAAGACGGCGCUGCACUGGGCGUCGGCGGUGAACAACGUGGACGCGGUCAACAUACUGCUGACGCACGGUGCGAACCGGGACGCGCAGGACGACAAGGACGAGACGCCCCUGUUUCUGGCGGCGCGCGAAGGCUCGUUCGAGGCGUGCCGGGCCCUGCUGGACAACUUCGCCAACCGGGACAUUACCGACCAUAUGGACCGGUUGCCGCGGGACGUGGCGAGCGAGCGGCUCCAUCACGACAUAGUGCGCCUGCUGGACGAGCACGUGCCCCGGUCGCCCCAGAUGGUGACGACGAUACCGGCGGGCAGCGGGGCGGGCACGGCCGGCGGCGGCGGCGGUGGCAACACGAUCAUGUCGCCGACGCACGCCCACAUGAUCACGCACCCGACCAUCAUCGCUUCGGCGAAGCAGAGCAAGCAGAAGAAGCAGCGCCAGCAAAAGAUGAACGGCGGUGGCGUUGGCGGUGGGGGCGGUGUAGUGGCAGGAUCUUCGGCACAGGCAGCCGCGGCAGCACAGGCGGCGGCGGCGGCGGCAGCGGCAGCAGUGGCCAACAUGGGCGGCGGGCUGUCGCUCGGCCAAAACCCGACCAGCCCGCAGGACGGCAGUUGCGGGGCGGCCGAACUAGUCGCGGGCAGCAUGCGGCGAAAAGCGGUAGCAAAGAAGCCGACCGGUGCGGCAAAGAAGGCGUCCGGCGGCGGUGGCUCCGGCGGUGCAACUCCCGGGCACGGUGGGCUGACCGAGCUGGGGCUGGCGGACGAUCAGCUCAGCUCGGUCGAGUCGCCGAUCGCGAACCUCAACAGCCCGUACGACUCGGUCAGCCUCUACUCGAACGCGAUGACCGUCCACCAGCUGGACGCGAUCAGCCCGAACGGGAGUGGAGCGGUUGCCGGCAACGGCAUGAUGCCGAAGAAACCUCCCAGCUACGAAGACUGCAUAAAGAGCGCACAGUCGAUGCAAUCGCUGCACAAUAUUCAGCUCGACAACUACGGCUACUCGCUCGGGAGCAACGUCACCGGUGGCGGCGGCAAUCAAUUCUCCGACCUGCUCAUGAGCCAACAGCGAUCACUGAACAAUGGCGGAGGGGGAAGCGGCGGUGGCGUCGGGUCGCUCGCGUCCAACGGUAUGGGCCCGGGCGGGAACAACCUGAUGCACACGGCCAUGCACACGAUGGGCGAGAGUGGUCUCAGCCCGCCGUACUCCAACCAGUCGCCACCACACUCGGUGCAGAGCAACAUGGCGCUCUCGCCUCAAGGUUAUAUAGGUUCUCCCUCACCCGCCAAAACGCGACCCAGCCUGCCGACCUCACCGACCCACAUCCAGGCGAUGAGGCACGCGCAGCAGCAAAAGCACAACAUACAGAUGAUCUCCAGCAGCAACCUACAGCAGCAGCAGCAGCAGCAGCAGCAGCAGCAACAGCAGCAGCAGCAGGGUGGCACCAGCUUAGGCUGCAAUGGUGGAGGCGGCCCGCAGCAACAGCAGAUGGGCGGUGGGUUGAGCAGUAGCAACGGGGGCAAUACCGGCAACGCCACCUCGAACAGUGCAAUGCUGGCCGGGCUGCAGAUGAACUUCGUGAACGGUUCCAGCGGGCUCGAGCUGGCCGGAUUCUGCAGUCCUACUGGUCAAGGAUCUCAAGCAUCGACCUCACAGAACACCACCGGCACGACCAACUCCGCGAUGACGGUUGCGUCCGCGCACCUGUCGCCGCUGAGUCAGCAGCAACAGCAGCAGGUGUUGGCAAUGGUUGCACAGCAGCAGGCACAGCUGAACAGCCAGCAGCAGCAGCAGCAGCAGCAGGCUCAUCAUCAGAUGCAGCAGCAACAGCUACAGCAGCAGCAGCAACAGCAGCAGCAACAGCAGCAGCAACAGCAGCAGCAACAGCAGCAGCAACCGCAGCAGCAGCAGCAACAACAACAAUCAUCCUUCUACCAAUAUCUCACCCCGCCGAGCCAGCACAGCGGCGGUGUGACGCCCCAGCAUCUGGUGCAGACGCUCGACAGCUACCCAACGCCAUCGCCGGAAUCGCCCGGCCACUGGUCAAGUUCCUCGCCGCACUCGACGUCCGACUGGUCCGAGGGCGUGCAGUCGCCGGCCAACAACGUGUACGUAACGAGUGCGGCCGGCCACCAGGCGAACAAGGGCUCCGAGGCGAUCUACAUCUAGCGCGGCUGGUGCGGCCGGAUGGACAAACGAAACUUUGGGUUACGAGGGGCCGCGGAGCCGGGUGGGUUUGAGGCUUUCCCUUCCCUGUCCCUGGCACAAUACCCGAAUAGAAUCUUGUUGUUGACGUACUGCGCGUUUUGUGUGCGCUUUUGUUUAGGUUACGCUAGGGCUGUUAGGUGUUAGGGCAAAAUCCUCCCUUUCCUUUAUUUGCAGACAAAACAUGCGCAAAACCGUAGGCGAACGGGGAGGAGGGCAAAGAGAAAGAUACAUUUUAUUUUAUUUUUUUUUUAAAGUACACUCGACAGAAGCAAACGUAUUAUAUAAGUUUUAAUGAGAGAUAUGCGCGAAUGUGUAUAGCAAAAUCUAAGAGGGAAGAAAAGGACUAAACAAUGGCGCUGUAAUUGCACAUAUCUGUUUUUAGUGCGUAGUGUAGCAAACGUGCUAGCUUGUAAGUUAAAACGCAGAGUAGCUGGUAUAGAAAAGAUGCUUCGCAGGAGGAUGCCCGACAGCAGGAGCAAGAUGGGAGAAAAAAGGAGCAGACAGAGGAAUAGAGAAAAGUGAGGAAGCCUUAUUUAGACUUUUUUUACAAACAUAAUUUAGGGUUAUCCUUUUUUAUAGUACGUAGCUGUAUAACUUAGCGAUCCUUUGGUGCCGUAUAUGUUCCGAGUGGUGCACGCGCAUUUUUUUAAACUAAAAACAAAACUUCGCACCGACUGCUAUAACGAAAACAGAUGCCUUCCGCCCCGGACUAGAAAUGGUUUGGCUGGUGUUUGCUACUGCAUUUGCCGCGCCACCAUUACCACUCCGCAGCUGGGGCCAGACGAUGGCGGGGUUCGAUUUUGUACAUAGAAACUGUUUGUUAAUUGUUUGUAUAAGCUCUGUGUGUGUGUGUUUUUUACGCUCUCUUCGACAACACACGCAUCCAUACACAAUCUCACUGUCCCCUUCCGGGACGCGCAGCAUAAAAGACUAUCCCGGAAGAGUAAUAUAUUUUAUGUUAUUACAUAGUGCGCUUUUACAAAGGUUAUAAGAGUGUAUGUGUGUGUGAGGGAAAGAGGGAGAGAGAGAAAAAAGAGAUGGAGAGAGAAGAGAGAGAAAAGAGAAAAGAGAGAGUGAGCGAGAGGAGAAAAAUAGAAACAAUGCGACUGGCGAUCAGUCCUAAACCUUCUUCCCUUAAAUUCAUUCACAACGGGGUUGACGAUCGACGUGUGUACUUUAUGUUUUAUAUAUAUUUUUAUAACCGUGCAUUAUUCACGUCUGCGAUGCAGCGGUAGCGCUGCAGCUUACUAAACAAUUAGAAAUCCUGCAGAUGCCGUAGCCAACGUUGUCUCGCAUGAGCAAAAGCAUGACAGUUGCUACUAAUCAGUUGAUUUUUUUUAAAUGUUCGCACCAUUUCCGAGAUACUUUUGUCUAAUCGUGUGAAGGGGAAUUCGUUCCAGAGGAAACGCUAAGCCGCUUCCUUCGUACAAAGCGCCCCUAUACGUUGGCAACGAAAGAUAUUUUCGAUUUAAAUUUGAACUCUUUAGAUUUUUCUCUUCAAAAAACACCCUCCACACAACCCGUCCCGCUAUUGUUCCAUUUUAUUAGCUUAAUAAUUAUUACACGAGCAACAACAAAAACAUUUUAUCAUUAAACUAGCCGCUAUAUUAAAAAAAAAUCUAGCCGCUAAGUGUGUAGAAUAUUCAAAUAAUCGUCGUAAUCUCUUAACGCAAACAAACAACUCACUUGUUAGUAGUUUCUCUUUGUUUCGUUUAGUUGUGAAUUUUAAGCAAGUUCUCUUGUUUUACUUUUCGAGUGUGUCUAAUGCAGCACACACAGACACAUACGUACGAGGGCUGCUGCUGCGUGUGGUCCGUCGCACUGUGCCGCAAUUCAGCAGCACAUAACAACAACUCUUUCUAUUGCCCAAUCAAAAAACUCACUCCACUUAAAGAGACGAAGUAGAAAAAAAUGGAACCCCUUGAUCAAGCAAAACAAUAUACGCCGGUGUGUGUUUGCAGUUUUACUCAUAUUUUAUUUCGUUUAUUAUUUAGCAGACUAGUGAGGAAGGAGAGCGCUUCUCGCCUUGAGCCCUUGUGCGAGUUGUUGUUGUGCAGUGUGUUUGCGAAAGCGUUGAAUGCAGUCAGAGAGUAUGUGGAAGUAUUUUAGCCAAUGAUGAGCUGCAAGGGCGUGUUAAAGAAUGCAAACACAAAACAUGGAAACAAAGAGCUUAAUCCUCACUGCAGCAGCAGCAGCAGCAGCAGCAGCAAAUCGAACUUUUACUUAUGAUUAAUGUACGAACAAACAUGAUUGAAUCGUGAUUAUCGGCCCAACUUAGAGCCCUGAUAGAGGAGAACAGGUAAAGGGUAUGCAAAGUUAAGUCGAAUGGAACAUAAAAAAUACAAACAAGGCAAAUUAUGACAACCACGUACAUGAAUCGCUGUCGCAUCUUUGGUAAAGUAAACGGCCGAAGACGAUGCGGUUAGAAAGCGCAACAAGUAGAUGCAGGAAUUUUAAAUAAAAUAUCUUUUAAAAAUAAUAGUGAA